AUGAACCCAAUACGGCAACAACAGCAACAGCAACAGCAACAAUACCAGCAUCCGUAUCAGUACCCGCAGCAACAAAUGCAAGCGCAACCUCCUAAAGUAGCUUCGGCAACGCCGUACUUUUCACGGCCGGCAUCGUGCGCAUCGCCCAAAGCCUUUCGCACAGGCUCAGAUAGGAACAGCUUCCAAAGUAGCCCCUCCCAUUUCGUGAGUGGAACCCAAUCACCGAAACCUACUGCUGCUCAUCCAUUCAUUCAGAUGCCGGUAGCAACGACUGUGCCUCUAAUGAAUCCAGCGGUACCGGUGUUCCAUGACUAUUCCCCAAAAGGUCAACAGCUCCCCUUGCAGGGCACGUCGUGGCACCAACGAACCUCCUCAACGGGUCCACCACCAACACCACCCCCAACGUCGUAUUCCCCAACCCAACCGGGAUUCUUCGGGAAUUUGUUGCAGACACUUGCAUUGCGGAAUAUGAUGACAGCCUUUAACAACGAAAGCGGAGUCGACACCUCACAAGGACAAGUUCCACUGCACCAGCAGCGUUUCGGAUACCCCGAAGAUGAUCUUCCACUACUGGACGAACUGGGAAUAUUUCCUCACGAAAUACGGGCCAACGCACUUGCCGUCCUUAACCCAUUUAGAGAGAUGGGGGAAAACGUUUCUGACAGCAUGGAUCUCGCAGGACCCAUAGUAUUCGCCGUUCUUCUUGCGAUUUUGCUUUCACUUCGGGGCAGCAUGCGGUUCAGUACCAUUUACGGGCAGUUCGUUAUUGGUGUUAUAUUCAUGAGAGUCCUGCUCUCGCUCAUGACAGAAAAUGCGGUGUCGUUGCAGUUCGUCAUCAGCGCGUUAGGCUAUGGUUUGAUUCCUAAUGUUUUUCUCGCAGCUUCGCAGUCACUGAUGUAUUGGUUAUUUGGGUAUGUCGGUAAAACGAUGUUGGUGCCUGCCUUGUUGGCCGUUCUUUGGUCCGCGUGGUGCGCAACGUCGAUGUUGGUGAGAGGUUUCCACAUGGAGAAGCAGAGAUAUCUCAUCAUGUACCCACUGUCCCUCUUCUACGCGGUCUUCGCCACACUAACAAUAUUUUAG